AUGACCAACGCCCUGUAUACGUCCGUUAAACAAGAUGAUGAGCAUGAAAUGCCUCCUUCUCCUACUACCCGUAAAUAUUCAUAUGGUCCAACAACAAUGGACACUUGCAUUCCAUUCGAUGAGUAUAUUAACCUGAAAAAACUCUUUGGGAAGAGUACAAUUGGAAAAGCAGUGGAGAAACAACUCGUUCGAACGCGAUAUCUAACGUCUCGAUUGGAUGGAGAUAAUCUUCGAAUGGGAUUAAAUCGUGAUUUAGGAUUUUCAGCAAUUCAUCGAACCGAGAGUGUACGACGUGUGGGUGAAAUCGCAGCUUUAUUUACUCAAUCAGUAUCAGUUGCAAUGAAUCGAGAUGUGAAAGGAUUGUACAAACGUGCGACGAAUGGAGAAAUUAAAGACUUUACAGGCAUUUCAGCACCGUAUGAAGAACCAGAGAAACCAGAUAUUUAUUUAAAUACGUCCUGUCAAUCACUUGACGAGGAAGUGAACAUUAUUUUACAAAGAUUAAAGAAAGAAGGAGUACUAACUGGUGUCACUCAUCUACCCAAUGGAUAUCCUGGUGUAGCAAUACCUGAUGGUGGUAACGCUGUUGCUACAUUUUCAACAAUGUAUCCAGAUCAGCCACAUUUCUCUCGUCCGGAAAAUUAUGAUACAUUACCUCGUGUGCUUCUACGUGAUGAGGAUAUCCACUGGUUGCAGGUCAUUGGCGAGGGCUGGGCUGCACCUCUACGUGGCUUUAUGCGUGAAGGUGUUUAUUUACAAUCUCUUCACUUUAGCAGUGUACUGUUCGACACGGAUAACCUUACUGAUGGCCAGCUAUCUCUUGACAAAUCCACCAACUUUUCAGAAUAUUUAAAUGAAUUGGUAUCGAAGGGCCAGCGCGUGAACAUGCCUGUGCCCAUUGUACUUCCGAUCAACGACGCUGCAAAGAAGCUUAUCGGCGAAUUUAAGCAAGUGGUAUUGGUAAGCCCGUCUGGCGAAGAGCUUGCUUUGCUCACUGACCCUGAAGUUUACGAUCACCGCAAGGAGGAGCGCAUCACACGCACGUUUGGUGCCAUGGACAACGGUCACCCGUACAUUGCUGAGAUCUUAAAGUCGGGUGAGUACCUACUGGGUGGUGAGAUUAAGCUGCUGUCUCGCAUCAAGUAUAACGAUGGUUUGGACCAGUAUCGCCUGACCCCGAUGGAAUUGCGCAAGCGCUUCGAAGAAAUGGGUGCCGAUGUUGUGCUCGCUUUUCAGACGAGAAACCCAACCCACGCUGGCCAUGCUUACUUGAUGAAUAACGCCCGUGAGCAGCUUCUUGCGCAUGGAUACAAGAAUCCUGUGCUAUGGCUGUCUCCUCUUGGUGGGUGGACAAAAGAGGAUGAUGUACCUCUUGACGUGCGUCUGCAUCAGCAUGAAGCAAUUUUACGCGAUGGUAUGCUGAACAAAGAGAGUACUGUGCUUGCCAUCUGGCCUUCUCCGAUGAUCUACGCUGGUCCUCGCGAGGUGCAAUGGCAUGCAAAAAGUCGGAAGAAUGCUGGAGCAAGCUUUUUCGUCGUCGGACGUGACCCUGCUGGCAUCAAGCGCUCAGAUGGCGAUAAGGACGACAUUUAUGCCGGCGACCAUGGUCGUUUCGUUCUUCGCAUGGCUCCUGGAAUGGAAGACUUCAAUAUUUUGUCGUUUUUCAAGGUGUACUACGAUGUCCAGGACCACAAGAUGAAGCCAAUGGACAAUAGUCGUAAGCAAGACUUUUUGUCGAUCUCGGGCUCGCGUAUGCGUGCGAUGGCACGUGAAGGUCUGCAAAAAUGCGAGGGUGAUCAAGUUCCUAUAGACUGGGAACACAAGCCGACGUGCGUUCCUCAGGGAUUCAUGGCAAAAUCUGGAUGGGACAUCAUGACUGACUACUACCAGAACAUCGACAGCUCGCGCUGGAUUCCAUUUGCCAUCCAGUACUCGAAACCUGUGGUGGAUUCUACACGUGCGUUCACUUCAGAGGGUACAUUCGGUCGCACCAACUACAAGCUUCACUUCAAGAACGACAAGGGCGAGAUGAUUUCUCCGUGGCACGACAUUUCGCUGCACCCGAUCGACUCAAAGGACAAUCGUUCGUACAAUUUCAUUGUCGAGAUUCCCAAGGGUAUUGCGCACAAAAUGGAGACAUGGGAAGAUCCGAGCGUGAAGGACGAGAAUGGCAACGGUGGUGAUAACGACCCGUUGGAUGUAAUUGAGAUUGGUGCGAAGCAGUUGCCAAUGGGUUCAGUGAAUCCAGUCAAGGUUUUGGGCAGUCUAGAGCUCGUUGAUCAGGGCGAGGUUGACCACAAGAUUCUAGUGCUGUCUCUCUCCGAUAAAGAUGCUGACAAGAUUAAUAGCGUAAGUGAUUUGCAGAGCGUGAAGCCUGGCGUGUUGGAAGCGUUGAUGGAUUGGUUGAAGAAGUACAAAAUUCCAGAAGGCAAGUCUGAAAACAUGUUUUCCCAAGAAUACCCAACGUCUGCGGACAGAGCCAUUGAGAUUAUAGUGGAUACGCACAAGCGAUGGCAAAAGCUUAAGACAGGCGAGAUAAGUGUCAAGGAAAGGUUGUGGCUUCACUAA